AUGGUCAGGCGCAAUGUCAACAAGGGUCUUUGAACAGGAGUACUUAAUGCUGCAUUUCAUCCCUCGCAGUCUUCCACACAAGCCACCACCAACGGCCUUCGCCCCGUGUACAUCGUCGCGGCCGCGCGAACUCCCGUCGGCUCGUUCCUCGUUAGUCCCACUCCAGCGUGCACUUACACUGCAUCUGACCUCCCUCAUUGAUCACCGUAACCCGUCAUGCACCCAACAGGGCUCCUUGUCCAAGGUCUCGGCCGUGCAACUCGGUGUCGCGGCGGUGCAAGGCGCGCUUUCGCAGGUGUCGAUCAACCCGUCCGAGAUCGAGGACGUCUACUUUGGCAACGUGCUCCAGGCCGGUGUCGGACAGUCUCCCGCUCGACAGGUCGCUAUUGGUGCUGGCUUGAACGAGUCGACCGAGGCUACGACCAUCAACAAGGUGUGUGCUUCACCGGACCGCUCGCUUUCGUCGUGUCGUCGUCGCGCUCCCACUCGGGCGGCGCGUGUCAGAACCCGCGGUUGGGGGGCGGCUGAUUCGGCAACCCUGGCUGAUGCAUGUGGCGCCGCAUUCUUCUGUGACAGGUCUGCGCAUCCGGAAUGAAGGCCAUCAUGUUGGCAACGCAAAACAUCCAGACCGCUAACCGGGAGGUCAUGAUCGCCGGUGGUAUGGAGUCUAUGAGGUAAGCAGCCCCCAGCCCGCCAGCUUAGUUCUAAGCUCGGGCCGCGCUUGGCAGCUCCUCGGCGAUAGCUCCUCGGCGAUAUUUCAUUUAACUCGGCCUAAUUCAUGCCCCUGCGUGUUCCGUAUGCAGUCAAGCGCCUUUCUACAUGCCCCGUCAACCCGCGACGUUUGGGCACGUCUCCGCCCUCGAUGCUCUUGUCAAGGAUGGGUCAGUCUCACGGCGGUCGUUCAAUGCCGAGCGAGGCCUUAGACCAGGCACAAUCUGACGCGCACUUGCGUUUUUUUUUUUUUUUUUUUUUUUUUUUUUUUUUUUUUUUUUUUUUUUUUUUUUUUUUCACAGUUUGACUGACGUGUACGGUGAUUAUCCUAUGGGUAUCUGGUCAGUCAUUUCUCCAUCGUCGAUGAAAUCGACGUAGCCGAAAGGAAAAAUGCCUGACAGACCCGAGCAUUCCAUCAACAGCGCCGAGGAGACGGCCAAGAAGCACAACGUCAGCCGAGAGGACCAGGACAACUACUGCCUCGAGACCUACCGCAAAGGUACGUCACUUGAGGACUUCCGAAACAUACAAGGAAGGACAGGAAGACUGAUCUAGCCUCGUCAUCGCCUUUCACAGCCGCGGCCGCAUGGGAUGCCGGUGCCUUCAAGGCCGAGAUCGCGCCCGUGACGUUGAAGGACGCUCGCAAGGGUGACACCGUCAUCUCCGAGGACGAGGAGUACAAGAAGAUCCUCCCCGCCAAGGUCGCCGGCCUCAAGCCCGUCUUCAAGAAGGACGGCACCGUCACCGCCGCCAACGCGUCCAACUUGAACGAUGGUGCUUCGGCCGUCAUCUUGGUCUCCGAGGAGAAGCUCAAGGAGCUCAACUUGACCCCUUUGGCCAGGAUUGUCUGUGAGUUGCGAUUCAUCGCAAUAGUUCACCGAUGAAAUCUAUAUGUUCACCUUCUGACACCACCCCUUCAGCUUUCGCCGACGCUGCCUUGGCCCCGAUCGACUUCCCCAUCGCCCCGUCCCGUGCCCUCCCCGCCGCGCUGAAGAAGGCCAACCUGACGAUCGACGACAUCGCCAAGUUUGAGAUCAACGAGGCCUUCUCCGCCGUCGCGUUGGCGAACCAAAAGAUCCUCAACAUCCCGAUGGAGAAGCUCAACGUCAACGGUGGUGCCGUCGCUUUGGGUCACGCCUUGGGCUCGUCCGGCUCGAGGAUCGUCGUUACGUUGACGCAUCUGUUGAAGAAGGGAGAGUUCGGCGCGGCGGCCGUUUGCAACGGUGGUGGUGGAGCUAGUGCCAUCGUCAUUCAGAGGCUAUGA